GAGGAAUUCAGGGAAGGGCAGAGUGUAGUGACAUUCUCAUGUCUCCGCAGAGGGCAAGUUUCCUGUGCCGCUAGAGCUCCGACCGGUGCCCGUCGUCCUCGUUUACCCUCCGGGAGCCAUGGCUGCGGGGCUGGCCUGGAGGCUUUUCCCUGCCCGGUGCGGGUUGCUGGGCAGGAGCUGUGCUGUGAAUGGCAGCUGUCCAUCCAGAGUCCUGCUAGUCCGGUACGGCAGCACCAGUACCUGGUGGGAUGAACAUCUCUCUGAAGAAAGCAAGCAAUACAUGAAACAGCUGACUGCACAGGAAUACAAGAGUAUGACAGCAAGCAAGCUCUGUCCUCUGAAGGAUGAGCCGUGGCCUAUAAAGCCCUGGGAACCAGGCUCCAACAGGGUGGGUCUAAUAGCAGUUAAACUAGGAAUGAUGCCAGUAUGGACCAAAUCUGGGGAAAGGCAUGCAGUCACCAUGUUGCAAGUGCAGGACUGUCAUGUGAUUAAGUUUACAUCAAAAGAGGAUGCUGAUGGAAAAAGUGCUACUCUCAGUGUAGGAGGAAAAAAUGUAUCUCCUUUCUAUAAACCAGAAUCUGUACUGGAGUUUUACAAAGAAGCUGGAGUCCCACCUAAGCAGAAAGUUAGCAACUUCAAAGUGUCUGAGAAUGCCAUUCUCAAGCCAGGUACUCCCCUUUAUGCUGCACAUUUCAGGCCUGGACAGUAUGUAGAUGUCACUGCCAAAACAAUUGGUAAAGGAUUUCAAGGAGUCAUGAAGAGAUGGGGAUAUAAAGGCCAGCCAGCAUCACAUGGACAGACUAAAACACACCGCAGGCCUGGAGCUAUUGCUGCAGGUGACCCGGCUCGUGUGUUCCCAGGUACAAAAAUGCCCGGUCAAUUAGGAAACAUUUACAGGACUGCUCAUGCACUCAAGGUAUGGAGAGUGAAUACAAAACACAACAUCAUUUACGUCAAUGGUUCAGUCCCUGGGCAUACAAAUUGUUUAGUUAAGGUCACGGACACGAAACUUGCCGUGAAACAAAAAGGCUUUGAAAAUCUUCCAUUCCCUACAUAUUUUGCUGAUGGAGAUGAAGAGCUGCCAGAAGACCUUUUCGAUGAGGAAAUAUUCCAGUUCAAUGAGCCCUCUGUCACAUACUCUUAGCAUAGCUGACAUCUUUCUACACGCAGGUGUUGUCAUCAGUUCGCUUUGCUUUUGUAAUUUAUGAAGGACAGAGAUUUCCGAAGGGUUUCCCUUUCUACUGCCGCCACUUUUGUUAUUGAAGGACAGGGAGACAUUAACAGGUUUUCUGAGAAGCGGCUAUUGAGAUGGAUGCUGUAGUUACAGCCUUGCACAGUGGAUUUUUAUGGAUCUUGUAAAUGCCUAAAAGCCAAUGAUUUAUAAGUAUCACUACUCUGUUAACUACUCUAAAGGCAUAUAGAUGGUGAAAUAAAGAUUAUUUGAUAAUG